CAUGAGUUGUGUUACUGCAUGAAAUAAUAUACAUUUAUGGGACCCAUUUGUUUUAACUCAUUGGUCUUGUAUCAUCCCCUCACUUUGGGCGCUUACUCGGUUGUUGUACGAAAUCUCAAUAAUUAUCGUCCAUGUGUGAUCCUGAGGGGAUUAAGUCAUUUCUGUACACUUUCUUGCAAACUAAGAAACGCAUAGCACCGGAGUAUACUUUCAUUGAGAAGCCCGUCGGUCGGAAUAAGGUUAGGUUUCUUUGUGAGGCUCGGGCUGAUGGCUACAAUUACGUUGGAAUAGGAAAUUCUACAACAAAAAAAGAAGCUCAAACGAAUGCAGCUAGAGACUUUGUUAACUACCUUGUUCGUGAAGGUGAAAUCCCUGCAUCUUCCGUUCCAACAAUACAACCUGGGAAUGUCGUAUAUCCGGAAUCUGCAAGCACAUCUAUAUCUGAAAACUUUGGGCAAAGUUCUCAACAAGGAAAUUCGUUAGGUUCUGGUGGUAGCUACAUCAGUAGCAUAUACGACCAAAAGAAGUUGGAAGAGGCAGAAGAGGUGGAUUUAACUUCUGAUUUGCAUGGUGGUUGGUCUAUGGAAAACGCCAAGGCACGUCUAAAUGAAUACUUACAAGCAACUCGCCAGCAAGUGGGCCAAGUGAAAUAUACUUCAGUCGGUCCAGAUCAUAGCAGGUAAGACAGCGCCAUAUGGUGCUAUUUGUGUAAAUGUAUUAAGUCGAUAUAUUAGCUCGCAGUUAUGACUCUUGUGACAUCAUAUAUUUAUACAUAGUGGCCAGGCGGACAGGAACGCUGGGUGACAUAAGGAGCAUUCAGUGCCCUGAUCGCUUCUCCACUCAAUUUCGCUUAUAUUUUAACGAAUUGAGUGGUCUUGGCGAUCAGUUGGCUCUGAGUGCUAAUAAAAUGAUACAUUCAUUUGUUUACAGCUUGUAUUCUUGGCCUUCGUAAUCAUCGUUCAACCGCAAGUUCAGUCAUAGUAGGUAAGUUCUUUUUGCUACAGGAUAAUUCACCUAAUUAUGCUAAAUUAGUUACUCCAAAUUAGCAUAAAGUUUCUUUUAAAAUGUCCAAAUAAACGCAUUACUUUGAAUCAACUGUUUAAAAUGCUUACAGGAGUUACAUAGCGGAGAUGACUGUCUUGGCGAAAAAUCUUCGGAAAACCCUGUACGCUCGGGAGGCGGGAUCAAACAAACAACUAGCAUCUCGUGCUUGUUGCCUAUCAUUGGUCCGGCAGCUCUUUCAUGCAGGCGAAUUGGAAGCAUAUACUGGCGAAAGACGAAAAAAGAAGCACAGUGAGGUUGCAGUGCAUGAUGUCAAUUUGAAUUCAAAAGUUGAAGAAAAUUUAACCGAUGUGUUGGAAAAUUUGGGUCUUCCCGUUAAUUUGAAACCUACAAGUCUCCCACCAGAUCAAGCUUAUAAUAUGAUUACCAAUUACAACUUGGUAGACUUUGGUGAUGCUCCUAAACAACAACCUCAGUUGGUCGCUUGGUGUCCACCACUCCCUAACUGGAAUCCAUGGACUGCUUGCAAUAUCGAUGAAGGUCCAGAGGUAGGUUUUCAUAAGAGAUGAUUGGUUAUACUGAAAAUAAUAUAAUUUACGCUUGUUAGCAUUAUACCUAUCAGUAUAGCAUUAAGAAACCAACCGGUUAUCAGUAGGUCGUCCAAAUCGACUCAAUUGAAAAGCAUCAUUCUUCUCAAGGAUUGGUAAAAUAUAAUUAGUGUCCUUCGACGACUUAAAAUGACCUUGUAAACGCAAAUUCCACUGUGAGUCAAUCAUGUGCAUGGUAUAAAUGAAUAAUUGCAAAAACCAUGUUAAGGUGGGCGAAUGUUUUGUAUUCAUAUGUACGAAUGCUUAUUCAGUAAGCUUUUUGAUUUCCAGUUUCAAGUAUCUUCAGAUCACUUUGGGAAUUUGUUAAUCACUGUACGGUAUUAUGCACAUCUUAGUUUUAUUUGUUUUCUAUUACUACUUUUUCCGUGGUAAACUAAUCACUCUCCCAAAGUCACUAAGAUUCGCUCAAGUUCGUCCUUACUCUUUACUCUUGCAGUGUUUGUCAAUCUUAUCAACUAAUUAUUAGUGGGUUUUGCUUAGCUCUAAAUAAGUUACAAGCUGUCCGUCAUCAAGUUUCAAAUUUUGCGCGAAAAUUUCAGAGCCGCCAUCUUGAAUUUAAUUCAUUGAUACAGUACACUAUCCAAGGAUCAAUGUAAUUUUUAGUCUAGUAAUCUGAGGGUAGUACCUACUUUUACUUAAACCAGAUAACCUCGUAAGUAUAUUUAAUACACUGAGUGCUAAACUUAUUGCGAAGUUAGAUAGCAUUCCUUGAUUUUCUUGAAUGGAAUAUGUGGAGCGAAGCUGGAACUUGAAAUCUGAUUAUUGAGAGUCGAAUGUUUAAACACCUUUACGCGCCCUUCAAUAGCUUAACAGCUUGGAAUGAAUAAUUCUAGACUUGAUGUAGUUCCAGCUGUGAUAAGAAUGAGUUGAAUAAAAUUCCUACUACGUGUUCUAAGUUACUAAAUAAAAUUUAUGUGUGCAGUGAUUCUUGCUUCCGCUAAGUAUUUAUUGAUAUUUAGUCUUUUUAUCAGUCCUUAGUUCGUUGGGAAUUCAGUUAAUUAUUUUUACUUCCCUAAUAAGUAAACUAUAUAUAUAUCACAAGUUACUGGCUAUUUAAUUUAUUGGGAUUUAAAUUUGUUUCAUAAUAUGAUGUAUGGUUUGUGCAUUGAAUUGAAAUUUUAGUUUGUAAAUUAUAUUAUUUUUCUGUCAGAUUUCAUGGCUAAAAAGUGUUGAUAUACUUUAAGGUGUCAUUUAAAAAAUCUCGAUAUAAACGUAAAUCAAGCAAUUUAUCUGUUUAUAAAUUGUUUGUAGAAAAUCACCUAUGAUAGAUUCCGCACUAAAUGAUACAAAGAAAUUGGCAUUAUCAUACAGUUAAGAACCGCAAACUGUAGUGACAUUGUUUUGCUUUUUUUACGUAAUGAAUUAAAAUGUAAAAAAAUUACCCAUGUGUAUUAUUUAUAUCUUUUGGCUGACUCACAUUUUUGCUAUUUAGUUUCAUCUCUAAAUAUACCAUUUGUCUUUUCAUCUUAAGGCUACUCAACCAUUACCUCAUAUUAGCGCUAACUUGGCUGACGAACGGUUACGUCGACUUGAUAGCGACCCUCAGUUGCGGUCAUUAAUGGAUGAGCGUGCUCAGUUACCCGUGAAUCCUUACAGGGCUUCAAUACUAGAAGCCGUUAGACGGAAUAAAGUGACAAUUAUUCGUGGCGAAACCGGAUGUGGCAAGACCACUCAGGUUUGUUUGAUCUUAUGUAAAUUCGUUGCAUGUUUACAGUACAUAUGUGGUAAACGUGAACAUAUUUGCUCUUUUUAUUUAUAUGUCUAUUUAUAAUUUUAGAUUCCUCAGUUCAUUUUGGACUCGUAUUUAGAAUCGGGAAUAGGUGCCGAAUGUUCUAUUCUGGUAACACAACCACGACGUAUAUCUGCUAUAAGCCUUGCCGAACGCAUCGCUUAUGAGAGAGGCGAAACUGUGGGAACGUCUGUUGGAUAUUGUGUUCGUUUUGAGACCGUUUAUCCUCGUCCGUACGGGUCUAUCUUGUUUUGCACUGUUGGGACAAUGGCACGCAAAAUGGAAGGAGGUCUUCGAGGAGUGUCUCAUGUUAUUGUUGAUGAAAUACAUGAGAGAGACGUUAAUACAGAUUUCAUGCUCAUAUUACUGCGCGAAAUGAUAAGAGCAAACAGAAAUCUCCGACUUGUUCUUAUGUCUGCUACCAUUGACAUAACUAUGUUCAGCGAAUACUUUGGCGAUUGUAUGGUUUUGGACAUCGAGGGUCGUACACACCCUGUUGAGUAUUACUUUCUAGAAGACUGUGUAAAGAUGGUUAACUUCGUCCCUCCACCUGCUGAUGAGAAAAAACGGAAGCACCGCCAAGAGUUAGAAAAUGCGACUGAUUACGCUGAAGAAAAUUGCAACUUGAAGUGUGAUCCUAUUUACGGGGAGGCGGUGGUUCGUUCCAUGGGCGAAAUGAUCGAAAAGGAGGUUCCUUUUGAACUUGUGGGUGCGCUUUUGGAUAAGAUCAUAGGUAUGAAUAUUCCCGGCGCUGUUCUUAUCUUCCUUCCUGGUUGGAAUAUCAUUAGUCUUUUGCGAAAGUAUUUACAGUCUCAUUCGAGAUAUGGAAGUCCCAGCUAUGUUAUUCUGCCGCUACAUUCUCAGAUUCCUAGGGAAGACCAACGCCUAGUUUUUCGUUCCACUCCUUCUGGUGUUAGAAAAAUUGUGUUGGCAACUAACAUAGCUGAAUCAUCUAUCACAAUCAAUGAUGUUGUCUUUGUGAUAGAUUUCUGCUUAUCACGCACGAAGCUUUUCACUGCUCGUAACAAUCUGACGUCAUAUUCUACUUCAUGGGCAAGCAAAACAAACCUGGAACAACGGCGAGGCAGAGCUGGUCGAGUUCGUCCAGGAUUCGCUUUUCAUCUUUGUAGUCGUGCUCGCUUUGAUCGUUUAGAACAGCAUGCUACUCCGGAGAUUCUGCGUACUCCGUUACACGAACUGGCAUUACUCAUAAAGCUUUUGCGUCUUGGUUCUGUUAGAGACUUUUUAAUGAAGGCUUUACAACCACCACCACUCGACGCAGUUAUUGAAGCAGAACAUACAUUAAAAGAGAUGAAGGCGUUGGAUAAAAAUGAUGAACUAACUCCUCUGGGAUUUAUUCUUGCUCGACUUCCAAUCGAGCCACGUUUGGGGAAAAUGUUAAUAUUUGCUUGUGUCUUUAAUCUGGGUGGAGCAGCUGCUGUUCUCACAUCUACUGCAAGUCUUGGAUGUGAUCCAUUUUUAUUGCCUCCGGAUCAUAGGAGACUCACAAAUCAGCAACGGUCAUUUGCAGCUGGCUACUCAAGUGAUCAUUUGGCUGGUUUGAAUGUUUUUCAAGAGUGGACGACUGAACGUACUCGUCGAGGUGAUGAGUCAGCAGAUUUAUUUUGUGAUCAACAUGGUUUCAAUAGCUCUGCGUUAAGAGUUAUUGAUGAUGCUGCAAACCAACUUAGAGCUAUUCUCAUUAACUUGGGUUUCCCAGAAGAGUCACUGUCGGAUGCACCGGUUAAUUUUAAUUUGAAACACAAUAUCGAUUGCGAUAUACUUAGUACUUUACUUGUGUCUGGAUUGUAUCCAAAUAUCUGUUUUCAUUCAGAUAAACGCAAAUUACUAACAACUGAAGGUACUUUAGCACUUAUACACAAAAGUUCUGUCAAUUGCAUGAAGGAUAUCAAGUUCACUCAUCCAUUUUUUGUUUUCGAUGAAAAAAUUCGUACUCAGGCCGUUUCGUGUAAAGGUCUUUCAAUGGUGAAUCCAAUUCAGCUAAUGCUUUUUGGCUGCCGCUCUGCUAUCUGGAAAUCUGAUGAUUCUAAUGAUAAAGGAAUAGUUGUUAUUGAUGAUUGGAUUCCUUUCCGUAUGAGCUUCAUGACUGCUGCCCGAAUUUUCGCCUUUCGUCCAGCAUUGGAGGCAUUACUUGUCCGUACUUGCUUACGACCAGAAGGUGUUGCCGAUCUUCGAGAAGAAGAUCAGCAUGUUAUUAAUGUGUUGCGUCAACUAUGUUCGCCAGAAGCAUUAAAACCAAAUGCUGGUUUUGAUGAGGCAAAUAACUUCGAUUCUCCGCCGAGAAAACGGUUCGCUACAUCCAGUAAUUGUCCGUUACUCUCGGGUCGGUCGCAUCGAAAUAAAGGGUAUGAAAAUUCAUACUCGGAAAAACAAGGUUUUGGACGCUAUACUAAUUGUCCUAAUCGUCCUACUGACCCAGAACAGGUGCAUGAUAUUCAAUGUGGUCUUUGGCAAGACCCUCAGCCGCAAUUUUCAAAUCCGCGAUAUGAUCACGUACCUGUCAACCGAUUUUCUGGGAACUACAUGGGUGCAAGAUCGUUUGGUCCUAGUGGUGUAGGAAAUAAUUUUAAUGGAUCAUCAUGGAAUUCAUAUGGCGCACCAACUUUUGGUGGGUAUCCAUAUCAACAACAACAGUUUACAAACGAUCGGUUUGUGCAACCUAAUCAAAGACCAUCAAUUAGACCUCAUUGGGGUGUCCGUUACUAAUUUUUAGUUGCAUAACUUACUUUUACAAAGUGGUUUUAACUGUAUUUAAGUGUUUUCAAGUUAGAUCCAUCUUUACUACGUUUUACUUAUUUGUGAUUAUUUUGAAUUCAUUUAUAUAUUUGUUACAUCAAUAUUCCGUUCUAUGUAAUCUAUAAAAUGUGUUUCUUGUUGACUUCUUUUCCAUUGACUAGCUUCAUUGUUUUGGGGUUUGAACCUUUGUUUUCAUGCACCGUUAUGUUGUUACUAUUUUGGUUGCAAUGAUAAAGUCGUUCUAACUUUUCUAUUUAUAUCUUUGACCCAUUACUUAGGAACAAAAAACUAGGAUUCGCUCUUCCAUGUUCAUUUUACUUAUGAAAAUUCGUUCCAUGGUUCAUAAUAACAAUUCAUUUCACAUAACAUAUCAGUUUGAUUAAUAUAAUGUCUAAAGAAUUACCCUU